GUAUGCUCCACCUUUGUUUAGAUGAACUGUGGUGGGUUGGGUCGGUAGCUUCCGGUAUUGCGUGUGACGCCUCGGACUAAGUUACAGCGUACAAGAUGAACGAGUACAUCAGACUGCUGCUCCUGUUUGUUGGCCUGUUCACCUACAUGUUUAUCGGGGCGGGACUGUUCCACGCCUUGGAACCAGGGUGGAUAUGGGACGACGAAUGGGGGAACAUUACAGAUGGAGUCCAAAAUGUCACCGACCAAAACAUGAAUGACACCCUGUAUAACUUCGAGCCGAGGUCCUACAUGGAGGCGUUCUACUUCUGCGCCACGGUCAUCACAACCAUAGGCUACGGUCACAUCUACCCUGUAACAGGGGCGGCAAAGUUCUUCACGGCCAUCUUCGCUAACUUUGGCAUCCCGGCAUUUUUCUACAUCUUGGCGAUCAUCGGCAGAAAAUUCGCCAAUCUUGUUGAGGCGGGGGAGUCCCGGUUCUUCAGCCGGGUUCCCGGCCCGUACGGCCGCCGGACGGUGACGCUGAUCCUGGUGGAGCUGCUCGGACUUAUCCUCUUCAUCCUCAUCCCUGCUGCCAUCAUCAGCACCGUGGAGGGCUGGUCAUACGGCGAUGCCACCUGGUACCUGUUCGUGAGUGUGUCGACUAUCGGCUUCGGGGACUUGUACGGCGGCUACUCCGAGUUCUUCUUCGCAUUUGACGCAACGUUCGGCAUCUAUGUGCUCUGCAAGUUCUGUUACUGCAUCAUCGGCCUGAGCUGGGUGGCCACCAUGUGGAUCCUCCUGGCUGACGUCAUGCCGGAUACGGAAGCCAAACCGGGAGCUGUCGAGCUGGUGAACUCCGAUGACCAAGAUGUCACUGACAGACAAGGAGAGCUGCUACCACCACAGGCUUAGAUAGUAACGUCACAGAUUUAAAGUUUCACAAUUUCACUUUCAGCAUGAAAGUUCUACAAUACGCCCUUUAAAGAUUUAUAUUCCCUGUUAUACCUUUGGGAAAAUAUAGAUUGCCCAUUUUAUCCAUUUUUUAAACGAGGGUCUAUGGAGGAUUCACAAAGGUCCAAAAAUUGGGUGAUUUCUAUCGGGGUUCCAAAUACUAGGGUACCCGGUUGCGGCGCGCAGCCAUAUUUUGUUUGGCAUAGUUAACUUAGUUUCGCUACCUAGUUUUUGGGCGGAGACAGUGAGUGUUACGCGAGUGCCCUACCGUUAACGCAUUGUGCGCACCAAGGAUAAAAAACAAUGCGGAAAUAGUUUAUCGUAAAAGAAUGCAAUACAUGAAAAAAAUACCCCAAAUUUCGACAUGCUCAAUGUUAUUGGGGGGAUUUUUUCCUCCGGAAGUUUUCCUCCAUGUAUGGAUUUUCUUACCAUGAACAAUCUUAACAUUCAUGUUAACCAAACUAACUGAAAACGUUAAGUAUUCAAUUCACUUCCAGAGCUUGAGAUUGGGGUCUUGGGCCUGUGGCAACCUGAAAUGUUCUAGGGCAACCUAGCGUUUGGCUGAGGUUGCUCAGUGGGCAACCUGUUAAUCCAGGCUGCCUGCGGUUAUAAAAUGCAUUUGGAGCCAACUCUGAAUUCUUUCUCUGGUGGUGGUGGUGGAAGAGACAUUACGUGAAAGCAGUUAUGUAAAAUGAAUAUCAAUCUAAACUAAAAACAAAACCUAGGCUAGUUCUGAAAGAGGUUAACCAAAUAGAUGGAGUGUUGAAUUUGAAAGAAGGGUAUUUUAGUUUAUCUAAAAUUUAUUUCAAUAUACUAUAAUAGGUUUGAUUAUCAUUUUAUUUUGUUUAGGUUAUGUUUCAACAGUAUUGUGUACAUGUUGGAUCAAAGUCGAACUGUAACAUAAUCCUCUGAAAAUCCUGCUCUCUUCAAAAGUAAAGACGUAUCUGCUGGUUCUACUGGGUUGUAUUAAAAUAAAGACAAACUACAGAUAAACACA